AUGGUGAUCAAUGUGCUAAGCCAUACUUUCAAUCUCUUUUUCUUGAUUGCAACCUUGUGCAUCUCUAUGUGUGCAGGAAUUCCCAACAUGAAGAGUUGUGCUAAAACAGAUAAGCAGGCUCUUCUGAAGUUGAAAGCUGGUUUCAUUGAUGAUUAUGGAAUUCUUUCCUCAUGGAAACAUGAAGUUGAUUGUUGUGAGUGGAAUGGGGUUUCUUGCAAUCCUUUGACAGGUCAUGUCACUGAGCUGCACGUCCCAUCUAAUUAUUCCAGAUGUUUAAGAGGUAAAAUUGAUUCUUCACUAUGUGAUUUGCAACAUCUAACUCACUUGAAUCUCAGCUUUAAUGAUUUUGGAGGAAAUCAAAUCCGAAAAUGCAUUGGUUCUCUUAACCAACUGAGAGAGUUGAUAUUUAGAGAUGCCAAUCUCAGUGGUAUUAUCCCACAUGAAUUGCGCAAUCUGUCUAAUCUUCAAAUUCUAGACUUUGGGAAAAAUUAUGGUUUGAUUUCAACUGACCUUGAGUGGAUUUCUAAUGUUUCUUCUUUGAGGCAUCUUGAUUUGUCACAAGCUAAUCUAAGUAAAACUAUCGGUUGGGAGUCAUCUUUAUCAAGAAAAGCUCCUCAAUUAAGAGAGUUGAUACUUUCAGGUGCAGAUCUUGUUGGCACUAUUGGUCAUCAACUAGGAAAUCUAUCUAAUUUGGAAACUCUUGAUCUUAGUGGAAAUGAUUUGAUCAUGAAUGAUCUUAAGUGGAUUUCCCAACUUCCCUUUUUGAGGCAUCUUGAUUUGUCUUGCAUAAAUCUAAGUCAAGCUAUUGAUUGGCAAUCAUCAUUGUCAAAAGUUUCCUCUCUAUUUGAGCUUGACUUAACUGCAUGUGCUCUACCUCAGGUCAAUCCUAAAUCUUUGGUCCACAAUAAUUUUUCCACUCCUCUCACAAGCCUUAGCCUUAGCGCUAAUUACCUUGACGCUUCAAUCUUGUAUUGGGUGACUAAUAUUAGCAAAACCUUGGUAGAAAUUGAUCUCUCUUCGAAUUCUUUCCAAUAUAUUCCUGCUGGCUCAUUUUCAAAUAUGAAAUCUCUUAAAAUUCUAUAUCUCUCGUCAACAUCCUUGCAACAUGUUGCUUCAAGCGCCUUUACAAAUACCACUUCUCUUGAACACUUAGAUCUUUCCAAAAAUAAUCUUACCAAUGAUAUAGGGGAAGCCAUCUCUCAUUUAUGUCCAUUGCGUGACUUGCUGUUAUCCUUCAACAAUUUAUCUGGUCCAUUAAGAGAUUGGGUGCCACAGUUGCAUUGUGCCCAGCAUAGUAUAGAGGAAUUGGACCUAAGUGACAACUCAUUUAGUAGUGGGCCAUUUCCUGAUGUUUCGAAAUUCUUAUCCUUGGUCUCACUAAAUCUUCGACAUACUUGUCUUAAUGGGCCAAUUCCACAAUCACUUGGGCACUUACAUCAUCUUUCAGAUUUGGAUAUAAGUCAUAACAAUUUGAGUGGGCCAUUCCCAAAGCUUCAUGAACUUUCAUCAUUUUUCAAAUGGGUUCCACCUUUUCAAUUGGAUGAAUUUUAUGCGAGGUCAUGCAAUUUCAGCGUUGGCUUUCCAAUGUGGCUCAAGCAUCAAAGGGAGCUUUGGGCAUUGGACAUUUCUAAUGGCUCAAUUUCAGAUUCAAUUCCUGAAUGGAUAUGGCUAUUCCCGUAUUUGUUAUUUUUGGAUAUUUCGCAUAACCAAAUCUAUGGAGAAUUGCCAAAGUCGUUACCAAAAUCUGGAAUUGUCUGGGAUUUUAGCUUCAACAAUUUGUCAGGUGCCAUACCGCAAUUUUCACAAGAAGUAACAUCCUUGUUGCUCUCAAAUAAUAUGUUCUCAGGCUCCAUAUCUUCUUUAUGUGCAACAUUGCAAUCUCAGUUAAAGGAUCUUGACAUGUCAAGUAAUUUGCUAUCAGGAAAACUUCCUCACUGUUGGAGUCAAUUUCCUUUCUUGGAAGCUUUGAUAUUGGCAAACAAUAAUUUCUCAGGGUCAAUACCAUCUUCGAUUGGUGCUUUGGAGAAUAUUGAAACUAUCCAUUUAAAUAACAAUAGCUUCUCUGGAAAGAUACCAUCUUUAAGAUUUCCAGUUUUGGAGUUCAUUGAUUUUGGCCAGAAUAAUUUGUACGGAGAGUUGCCGACAUGGAUUGGUCUUUACUUGCCAAAUUUGAUUGUUUUGCGUCUCCAAUCAAACCAGUUUCAAGGGAAUAUACCUACAAGUUUAUGCGAGUUAUCACUUCUUCAAAUUUUAGAUCUCUCGCAAAAUAAUAUUACUGGGACAAUACCCUAUUGCCUCAAUAACUUGAGUGCUUUGUCAAAUUUAACAUUUCCAAGGUAUACCAUUUCUUAUAAUGUGUACGUUCCGCUUUAUGAACCAUCAUUUUUCAUUGAAUAUGCAAUGUUGAAUUGGAAAGGGGAAGUUGUGAAAUAUGAUAAGAAUCUGGGGCUAAUGACAGCCAUUGAUCUCUCUGGUAAUCAUCUGAUAGGAGAAAUUCCUAGUAGCCUAACAUCACUUGUGGCAUUGGCAUCCUUGAAUUUAUCGAGAAAUAACCUGACAGGAUUCAUUCCUAAAAGCAUGGGUCAAAUGAAAAUGUUGGAAUCACUUGAUUUGUCAAGUAACUUUCUUUCUGGUGGAAUUCCAAUGAGCUUCUCGGCUUUGAAUUUUUUGAGUUUCUUGAACUUGUCUUUCAACUACUUAUCUGGAGAAAUUCCACAAACCACUCAGCUUCAGACAUUUGAUGCUUCCAGUUACAUAGGAAAUCAUGGACUUUGUGGCCAGCCACUCACAAAAGGAUGCUCAAGAAAUAGUGACACUGAUCCAAAUCGCAAGGCAAGUCUUAGUAAUGAUGCAAAUGAAAAAGAUGAACUCGCAACUUUUGGAUACUACAUCACCAUGAUUUUAGGAUUUCUUGUUGGAUUUUGGGGAGUUUGUGGAACUUUAAUCCUUAAAAGUUCAUGGAGAGCGGCUUAUUUUCAAUUCUUCACCAACAUGUAUGACUGGAUUUAUGUUCGUUUGGUAAUUAUUCUUGAUCAAGUGAAAAAAGAAAGCCUACCAGCUGCUGAAAAUGAGAAGAUGAAUAAAGUUCUUGAAGGAAGCAUAUAG